AAAGAACAAGAGCUUAAAACAUAAAACAUACUUUCAAUCUUCAGAGAAAAAAAAAAACAGUUAAUCAAAUCUAAAGAUGAGUCCUAAGGCAUUUCAAGUUAUGAUCUUUCUUGGUUUCUUGGCCACUUCUUGUAUCUCUCAAGCUCCGGCGCCGGCACCAACCACCACCACCGUUUCUCCACCGACGUCACUUCCUCCGGUGACAGCAGAAACACCUUCUCCAGUUGCUUCACCGCCUGUUCCAGUUAACGAGCCAACUUCUGCUCCAACCACUUCUCCAACAACAUCUCCGGUUGCUUCUCCUCCUCAGACCGAUGCUCCAUCUCCUGGUCCUUCCGCAGGAUUAACUCCUACUUCGGCUCCAGCUCCCGGACCAGACACCGACGUCGCUGAUGCGCCUGGAAGCGCUGCAUGGGCUAACCAAGCUUUCCUUGUGGGAACAUUUGUUGCCGGAGCACUUUACGCUGUCGUUUUGGCUUAGAGAUCUUUUGAGUUCGGUGGAUGCUUUGUUCCUCUCCUUUUCGAUUAUUGUUUUAUUAAUUACUUCUUUCGUUCGCAUAUAUUUUGUAUAAUUCUUAUUGUCAUGAGGAUAUGGACAUAUAGAUAUUAUUAUUCAUUUUUUCUAUAAACUAGAAGUGUUCUUUCGAAUGAACAAAUCUUUGGUUGGUUGGCCUUAACUAAGGUACAAACAACUAUCCCG